GACGGUGGCGGGCACCUGCUUCCCCUGCCCGCCUCGGCCCUCGUCUUCCUCCUCCCAUCUCUUCUACUGCCUCCGAGCCUUCGUGCCCGUUUCGCCUCGCACUUGCGCUGCUUGCUGCUAUUGCCAUUCCGGGGGAGGAGGGGGUCCGAAGGGACGGGUGGGAGAGGAGGAGAAGAGGCGCUGUUGCGCGUGGGACGCGUGCUUGGUUUAGGCCUCUCGAAUUUCCGUGGGCGACGGCGACGUGCUAGGCGGCCAGAGAAAAUCUAGGGAGUCUUGGGCUUGCGAGACGCGCCUGUACGUACGUGACUUUGUGGGAGAGGGCUGCUUGCUCUUGCCGCCAAUGGCCGAGAUCUGCUGCGAGGAAGCCAAGUCCACGCCGGCCACCGCCACUGCCGCGGCUGCAGUCUCUGCCACGGCCGCUGCCGCCGUGGCUGUCGCCUCCUCGGCUUUGGAGAGGAGGCGACGCAGGUUGGAGAUGAGGCGAUUCCGCAUCGCGAGUGAUCUGGAGCCGCCGGUCAGGGAGGACGUCCGCGCGGGCAAGCGGCAGAGGCUGGUGCGCACGGCGUCCGGCCCGUGCCCCGACACCGGCUCGGACUCCGAGCGGCCGACCCUGCCGGAGAGGUUGCCGACGUACGGGGUCACCUCCGUCUGCGGCCGCCGCCGCGAGAUGGAGGACGCCGUCUCCAUCAGACCGGACUUCUUGUCCGGGGCCAACAAGCACCAUUUCUUCGGCGUCUUCGACGGCCACGGCUGCUUACACGUUGCAACGAUGUGCAAGGACAGGAUGCAUGAGGUGGUUGCCGACGAGCAUAAGAAGAUGGGCUCCGGCGAAGAGUCGGCAUGGAAGGGUGUGAUGGAGAGGAGCUUUGCUCGAUUGGAUGAGCAGGCCACCAGCUGGGCGACCAGCCGCAGCCGCGACGAGCCCGCCUGCAAGUGCGAGCAGCAGAUGCCCUCGCGGUGCGACCACGUGGGGUCCACCGCCGUCGUUGCCAUCGUCAGCGCCACUCACGUCGUCGUCGCCAACGCUGGCGACUCCCGCGCUGUCCUCUCCCGCGCUGGCGUCCCCGUCCCGCUCUCCGUCGACCACAAGGUUUGUAUACAGUUUUCUCUAGCGUCACGGGGCGUGGCAGACUUGCACCUCCCGUUUCUGCGUAACUUGUCCAUGGACUUGACGAGCUCAGCUUCCGGGUUCGUUCAGCCUGACCGACUUGACGAGCUGGCGCGCAUCGAGGCCUCGGGCGGCCGCGUCAUCUACUGGGACGGCGCCCGUGUUCUCGGCGUCCUCGCCAUGUCUCGAGCUAUAGGUGAUGGUUACCUUAAGCCGUAUGUGUCGUCGGAGCCGGAGGUGACGGUGACGGAGCGCACCGACGACGACGAGUGUCUGAUCCUGGCCAGCGACGGUCUGUGGGACGUCGUGACCAACGAGAUGGCGUGCGAGGUCGUCCGGACAUGCUUCCGCAGCAACGGUCCGCCGGCGCCGGUCGCUGGGCCGAGCGGCGUGCUCCCUACCUCUGGCGAUGCGGAGUCCGACAACGGAUCCUCGGCGGUGAAGGGCAUAAGCAAGGCGUGCUCCGACGCGGCCAUGCUGCUGGCGAAGCUGGCGCUAGCCCGGCGGAGCGCCGACAAUGUCAGCGUGGUCGUCGUGGAUCUCCGCCGGGGGCUGUGAUUCUUGGAGCAAAAAUCAUAUGCUCCACGAUUGUUUUCUUUAACCCUUUUUAAAAUCUACGCUAAUUUCUCCCCUCAACUUUAUCACUCUUUUAGUUUUGAUUUAGAUUUGAUAGUGUCUAAUCAGAUGAAUAUAAUAGUAUCUUCUUCUCUCAAA